AUCAUCCUCCAUGAAACUUGAGAUAGCACCCACCAUGUGCAUCAAGUUUUAGAUUUCCUUUCGUUUUUAAUAUUCAGCAACCAAUACCCAGAUAAGCAUAUUUGGAAUUUUCAUACCUUAUUAUUAUUAUUUUAAAGUGUGCUUAAAAUUCAUUCUUUGAAAAAUUAGAUGUUCCAUACAUUAACAUAUAAGUUUAUAGAAACCAUACCUUAAUUUAUACAACUAUAAUGUAGUUAAGAUUUAUAAUUCCUUAACAAUCAAAAUGAAACUUUUAUAAACUUAAAAAUUAGUGUGCUUAUGAUUGCAUUUCUUGACGACGUAUUUGAAAAUUAUUAGUUUUUUCUUUUUUAUAGCCGUCAACUGGUCCCAUGUUCAUUUAUUCCCAUGUAGCCAUGUUUUUCUCGCAGUUGAGAAGCACAAGCACCAAUUUACCAUAGGAUUUUUGCACUCUCUCUCUCUCCCUAUCUAUCUCUCUUUGCUGAUGUCACUGUCCUUGUUGUUAAAAACACUUCUUCAUACUUUGUUCUCACACUUCCCUAAGCAGAAGGAAACACUAGGAAAGAGGUAGAGACAGAGAGAAAGAGGGAACAAGGAGCUUGUGUUUGUAGCUUAUAGCUACCUUCUAAGUUCAACAAGUCAGAAAAAACUGCCUUUGCCUUAGUUCAGAUUACUGGUUUGGAUAGCCAUGAACAACAAUGUUCCUGAUUGGAAUUUUGUGAGUGAUACCUGUGUCACCAAUCAAAAGAAGCCAAUGGGGGUGGAUCAAGAACUUGUAGAGCUCCUGUGGGAAAAUGGCCAGGUAGUGUUGCACAACCAAGCACAUAGAAAACCGGUUAUGAAUUCGAUAGCACCAAGACAGGUUCACAAAAAUUUUCAAUCAACAUCAAGGACUAGUGAGCCAUUUGGGAACUCAAGUACCUUGGUUCAAGAUGAUGAGACAGUCUCAUGGAUCCAAUACCCUCUCGAGGAUCCACUGGAACAAGAGUUCUGUCCAAAUAUUUUAACAGAAUUGCCACCUUGUGAAGUUGAGUCUUAUAAGCAAAUAAGGCCAUUUGAAGAGGGAAGGUUUUCCAAAUUGGAUGCUUCUAGUGCCCCUCAUGUGACUGUAAGUUCACAAUCUCCUACUAUGAAAUCCUCCUGUGUUCAGGAACUCCCAGGAAUUCCUAUUCCUGCUCCAAGAUUCCAUGUUUCUGAUUCAUCUCAGAAAAACAAUGACUUUGGUGGAUCAUGCAAGGUCCUAAACUUCUCUCACUUUUCAGCACCCCUUAAUGUGUCUUCAGCAUCUGCUAAUGCACAUUUUAGAGACAAAAUCACUGGAAACAUGUCAAAAGGGGAGAUUAGAGAGUGCUCAGUGAUGACAGUUGGUUCAAGUUACUGUGGUAGCAAUCACAUCCCUCAAGAUCCAGAUGCAAGUAGAGCAUCAAGCAAUGGUGUUUGGACUAAUACUUUAUCUGCUGAGCCUGAAGCUAUUAGAGAUGAUGUUCGAAGAACAAUUCCUCAGAAUGAGAAAGGGAAAUCAGAGAUGCUUGAACCAACCACGACUUCAUCUUCUGGUGGCUCAGGUAGUAGUAGUCUUGAAAAAACUUGUUCCUUAUCAACAAGAAACCAGGGCAAAAAGAGGAAAGGGAUAGAUGUGGAAGAAUCUGAGGAACAAAGUGAGGACACGGAACUUAAAUCAGCAGUUGGAAACAAGGCAUCUCAACGGGCUGGCUUGGCUCGAAGGAACCGUGCUGCUGAAGUGCAUAACCUAUCAGAAAGGAGACGGAGAGAUAGGAUCAAUGAGAAGAUGAGGGCACUGCAACAACUCAUACCUCACAGUAGCAAGACAGACAAGGCAUCAAUGUUAGAAGAGGCAAUUGAAUACUUGAAAUCACUUCAGUUACAACUUCAGGUAAUGUGGAUGGGAUCUGGCAUGGCACCAAUGAUGUUUCCAGGAAUUCAGCACUAUAUGUCACAAAUGGGUAUGGGAAUGGCUACACCUUCUUUUCCUCCUAUUCACAAUCCGAUGCAAUUACCAAGAGUGCCGCUUGAUCAGUCUGUAUCUGCCUCUCAGACACCAAACCAGACAUUAAUGUGCCAAAAUCCUAUUUUGGGUGCCUUUAAUUACCAAAAUCAAAUGCAAAAUCCAGCGCUUUCAGAGCAAUAUGCACGUUACAUGGGCUAUCAUCUUAUGCAAAAUGCCUCACAGCCAAUGAAUGUAUUCGGAUAUGGUCCCCGGACAGUACAACAUAGUCAAACAAUGAUUACUCCUAGCAAUAGCAGUGGACACAUGAGUGGAGCAGCUAAUACUGAUGAUGCUUUGAGUGGCAAAAUGGGUAAGCCACUUUCAUACUUCUCUUUGCUUUGGCUAACAACAAAAAUGAGGAUACCACAUCAAUUAUAUGGAGAAGUUACACCUUUUGCUUGUUGUUGACCAGAUGGUGACAAACAGCUGCUUGUCACCAUGAAGACAGCCAAUAAACCUUUUUCUACAACCACCCCCAGUGCUUUUUGACUAGGAUAAGAAACAACUUUUUUUAACAAUCCUUGUUCUAUAAUUUAUUCAAUUCCUUUUGGUUGAUAACAUUCUGCUCUGACAUGUUGACUGUGAAUACACUUGAGAUUCUGGGUGGUGCAUAGAUCUCUAUGGAUGGCUGCAAGAAUUGUUCAUAUUACUAUCUCUGGUUCUUUUUAUAAGACCCCUCCAAAUUUAGUUUUUUUUCCACUUAGUUAAAUGUGGUAAUUUAAUUUCUUGAACUUUCUCUCUUGAGGAUAGGGGAAGAUGACUAGCCACAAUUGCCUAUGUAAAUUGUUGACAAAUUUGAUGGUACUAACUAAAUUAACUAAAUUCCUUGAUUCUUGUGAAGUAGUAACAAGGUCUUAUAUAUAAGACCAGAGGUAGUAUAUGCUAGAUUUAGAUCAUCAUAAGUUUACAUAGCAUAGAACUUCUAUUGAGUGUUUAACUUCAGUACCUCAUCAAUACAAAUUAGUCAACACCAUUUCAUGGCAUUCUACAGUUUUAUAUUUUAUUCGUUUUCUACUUAUUGAAUUUUGUUGUUGAAAUCCUUUUUAUCUCUAGUAUUCUCAUGCUAAAACUUUCAUUAACAGUUUUUCCUUGUCAUUGUUCACAGGUUAAUUAGAAGCAUGCUUAUGUGAACCUACGGUGUACUAACAAGAUAAUUGCAAGAUAAUAGAAGCCCUUAUAUGCUUUCACAGUAUGUAGGCGUGCUCAACUAUAUAUACAUACAUACAUAUAUAUAUAUAUAUAUAUUCCACUUGAUUCAUCAACAAGUUACUUAUAUAUGAAUCUGUCAGUGCCUGUACAAUGUGGUCCAAACCAAAACAAAAGCAGC